CGGCGAGGCGAUAUUUAAACUGUGACGACUUGUGCUAACCACUGGUGUUUUAAAAAUCUUUGUUGAUCUCAGUCUCUUCCUGUUGAGCACAUAACAGCGGGCAUGCGCAGUGUCUACCGUCCCUAGCUUUGUUGUGUUGCUAGCUGUGCUGCUAACUAGCAAGUGUUUCCUGCCUCUGUGACUGUGAGCGAUGGACAUCGACGCCUUGCUGGAAGCGUUUCAAGAUUUUGAGAAAAAAGGGAAGAAAGAGAGCUGUCCAGCUCUGGAGCAGUUUCUGCGUCAUGUUGCCAAGACAGGACAACCUGUGAUCCCAUGGUCUCAGUUCAAAUUAUAUUUUCUGUAUAAGUUGGAAAAAGUCAUGGAUGACUUUCAUGCUUCGAUGCCAGAACAGAGAGGACUGCGUAACCCUAAUGUGGAGUUUGUUCCUUUUGAUGAAAUGAAAAAAAGGAUCUUAAAGAUUGUGGAUGGGUAUAAUGGAAUUCCAUUCACCAUCCAGCGUCUGUGUGAGCUGCUCGUGGACCCCAAGCAAAAUUAUUCAGGUUCAGACAAGUUCCUCAGAGGUCUGGAAAAGAAUGUGAUGGUGGUGAGCUGUACGUACCCCGCAUCAGAGAAAAAUGGAGGUUUGAGUGUCAACAGAGUGAAUGGAGUGAUGUUUCCUGGUUACUCCCACUAUUCAGACAGUCAGAAUGUGAAUGGACCAGGCACGCCCAAAACACUCAACAGAACAAAACUGUUGCUGUCAACCUCACUGUCCACAAAUGGGCUCCCAGACUGUCCAGUCAGCAAGGAGCCCGACCCGACCGCUGAUGUGGAGGAGCACCGUGAGAGUGAAGUGCCGCUGUCAGAAGAUGAGAUGAAACCAAAAGGUGGAAUAAAGAACAGACACGAAGAGGAGAGGUGUGACGGUGAUGAACAAGACACCAAGAGGCUGAAGUUAGCUGAAAAUGAAGAGGACGAAUCAAAAGGCAAAGAAAGUGAAUCGUCUUGCCAUGAAGAACCAGGCAGCUCGCUACAGUCGCAGGAGUCAUCAGAAGCUUCUGGUUCCUCACCCAGUGAUACGGACCGUCCUGAGCAAAGCCACACACGGACCGAAGCAGCUGAGAGGGACGAGGGCUCGACUCAGAGCAGAACUGCCCCCAAUAUCCACGGCGUCAGCCCAGUGGAUCCGUCGGAGCAGUCGGCUCCGUCAGAGACCGACACAAGCUUGGAGCAGGACAGUGAGGAGUGUAACAGUAGCAGCUGUGACAGAGACGAGCAGGUCUCUUCUUCCAGUAGUUCCCCUGACGUGUCAGAGGGUGGCGCCGACAUUUCAGACCUGGAGAACACGACCAACGAAGCCCAGCACACCAACUGACUCUUUUUCUACACUAUGAUACAACCCCAAGGGUUAAUUUUGUAGCACUGCGGACCUCUAGGCUUCAGGACCAAGAGCCACCUGGACCUGGAAACGGUUCCUCUCAGCUUCUCACGGUCCCGUGGUCAGCUGGUCUUUAAACUGGAAGAAGAUGAUUUGAAUGAAGUGAUGGUGACUGCCUUUUUCACAAUUAACUCAAAUGUUUUCUACAUUUUUUCCUUAACUUUUUUAUCUAAAGUCAUAAUUUAAUCUUGUUUAUGUAUCCUGGUACUUCGUUGGCCCUUUGACCUUUAGUUCCCACGGAGCACAGUGGUUUCAUCUUUUUAUUUUUGAGAUCUUUUUCUGGGUGAAUGAGCACGUCUGUCUUUGAGGAUGUGAAGAAUUUAUGUUUAUGUUUUUAUCUGAAGCAAACUCCAUUAACACUUGUUAGCUUUGACCCCUGACAGACGCAUGAAGCUAGCAGGACGCGGUAGUGACCCCACUUAGAGCCCUGCACUGAAGCCCUAGGCCCGCGGGUCGGCCCGAGGGCCGGGCUUCGGGCCAACGACUGUGUAAUUACCUCGGACACGGGCCGGGCGCCUUUAUUUUUAAUCGAAUUCAUAAAAGAAAAACCACUUGAACGCAGCAGCACCUGCCUGCUUCUCACGCACCGUUAGCUCAGUUAAGGUGUGUGUGGUUUACAAAUGCACCUUUAUGAACAAAUUCUCAAACUGCUGAUUGAAACAUGUGCCCCUGUUCUAAUCUGCCAUUUGAUGUCAGAAAACAUUCGUUUAUUCUCAUGAAAACGGCAGCAUUCUAUUUUUCUGUGAAUAAAUUCGCUCUGCUGUUAAAAAAAUACAGCAUUUAAUGCUGUUUUUUUCUAACUGCAGAGCGAAUUUUCAGAGCGGCAGAUUAAAUUUACAAACGCUUUAUUAAUUGGGAACAUUUAUUUAAUCUGCCGCUCUGAAAACGCGCUCUGCAGUUAGAAAAUUAGAAUGCUGCUUUUUUUUUCUAAUUGCACAAGAGUGCAUUUUCAGAGCAGAUUAAAUUUACAAACGCAUCCAAUUAGUAUAGUGUUCGUAAAUUUCAUCUGCCGCUCGGAAAAUACGCUCUGUUAGAAAAAAAAGCUGCGUUGAUGCUGGUUUUCUUUCUUUUCUUUUUUUACUGCAGAACGCUUCCCACAGAUUAGACUGCUGAGCAUCCUAUCACGCUAAAACAUUAUGAAAGGUUAAAAGUCUGGGUCGGGCCAGAGAAUCCUGAAAACCUUCUCGGACCGGGUCGGGCUGGGGCUCCGCCCCCUCGGGCCGGGCCAGACACGGGCUCAGAUCUUAGGCCCGUGCAGGGCUCUAACCCCACUGGUGAGGCAGAGGUUGGCCCUUUCUGCAUCAAACGAUUAACACAAGGCACUUGCUCGUUCUUUACAUCACACCUUAGCUGUACAACUGUCACUUUUGAUCUCUCUAAUUUUAACAGCACACAUCCGUUUUUGUAGUCUUGUAAUACAGGUCCACUGCCGUCGUAAAACUGACUGCUGGCAAGCAAAGGCUUCAGCGUGUACCGUAGUAUUCAUGGAAAGCAAUAAAUGCUGAAAUUUGAAGUGAUGAUAAAUUAUUUGGGGUGUAAGCUGUCCCAUGUGACUCCUGGAGACUUGUGUGACUGGACCAGGAAUGAAGCUGUUUUUGUGUCAUAAUCGCAGCCAUCCUCUGCAGGGACCCGUUGAUGCUUUCACCUUUUUAGGAACGUUUUAAACGGACGUUUUUAUAUCCUGGGUGUGUUUUACUACGAAACUAAAAGGAUGAUUUUAAAUUCCCAGUAAGAGAUUCCCUCUGCACAAAUGGUUGUUGCCUUUUGGGAGUUACUAAUAACAAACGUGCCUCUGUUGUGUUUUGUCUUUGACUCCUAAAGGAAGUCGGUUUGAUAAACAACUUUCCUAUAAAUGGUGAA